AUGAGCAAGCGACAAACGCCAAGUGAGUUCCUCAAACAGAUCAUCGGGAAACCUGUCGUUGUGAAGCUCAACUCCGGUGUUGAUUAUAGAGGUAUUCUCGCUUGCCUGGAUGGGUACUUAAAUAUUGCCUUGGAGCAGACCGAAGAGUACGUGAAUGGUCAGCUGAAAAACAAGUACGGAGACGCGUUCAUUCGCGGAAACAACGGUUUGGUUCAGUCUAGUUCUUUCCUGUGA